AUGAAUGGGUUUUUUCCUAAGUAUAGUUUUGCUUUAAUAUUUUAUGAGUUGCAUGAGCUGAGGCACAGCAUAUGGAAGAGAAAAGUUGCCGAAAAGCUUGACUUUGCUGGCACAAGCAUGUUGUUGUAUGUUUUCUUUGAGUGCAGUGCACUCCGAUUGCUCGUGGAAGAAGGGUGGGUGGUCUGCCGGGCAUUUAGAAAGCCAAGUCCUAAUCAAAGGCAAGGCUUUGAAGCAUGGAACCAUGCUUACUAUAUCAGAGAUAACAGCCAUGUUAGGGCUCCGAUGUCAAUUUCAGAUAUAGGAAGUACAUUUCAUCAUCUUCAUCCUAAUCAGGGAUCAAGUUUUCAUGAUCAAUCCUAUGGUUCGGAGCAAGAGCUUGUGUCCAACCACAAUGUCUUGGACAGCCAACAAGUCAUUGAACUCCCACAACUGGAUAGCCCCACUACUGUUUCACCAAGUUUAGCAGCAAAAGAAGGUUUCCAGCGGAAUUUCGUAACAAAUUACGAGGAUUGUGAAGAAGAAAAGAGCAAUAACAGUAGCCAAUACAUUGACUGGAAGAACUUGGACAAUUUUCUUGCCUCACAGCUGACUGAUACAACAUCUUAUCCCUAUCAAACUGCCCCACUAAUACCCCAAAACUACGAGGUAGAAGCUCAAGAACACCUGCUUGGCUGCUUCCCUGGAUCAUAGCGGAAGGCCCAAGUUUCACAAUUUAUUUAUCCAAGAUGCUGAUUCAACAAAGCUAAAAGCUCCUGUCUCAUAUAGGAACUAAGUUUGAAAAGUCCUUCAGAUUUACAUAAUAUUUGCAUGCUAAAAAAGUAGAGUACUUGUCGUAGAGAAAGAAUGGAGUUCUUAUGAUAAAAGGAGACUUUCCUGCAAGCUUUAGAGGGUGUGUAGAAAGUUUCACUUUACCUUCUUUUUUCUUUUUUUUUUUUAUCUUUUCCCAUUUGUUAUGCUUA